UUGGAGGAUGGAGAGCAAGGCCAUGUACCUGCACACCUUCAGCGAGCGGGAGAACGGCUCCGUCUUCGAGGAGUCGUUUGAGGGAAGGAACCUGUCCAAGCUGAACCUCUGUGAGGACAGUCCAGGCGGAAGGAGAAGGGCGCUGGGGCGCUGUGGGCGGCUGGGCUCCAUCGCGGCGCUGAGGUACGCGGUGGUCGGACUCUACUUGCUGGUGUUCCUGAUCCUCGUCGGCGUUUUCAUCCUGGCAGGGCCUCCAGGACCGAAAGGAGACCAAGGCAAUGAAGGAAUGGAAGGCGAACCGGGAGUCCCUGGUUUACCUGGACUGAGAGGGCUCCCUGGAGAGAGAGGGCCUCUGGGACCGCCCGGCCUGAAAGGAGACCAGGGAGACCUUGGCCCAUCUGGCCCCACUGGGAUGCGGGGCUUCAAAGGUGAUCGAGGCCAGAAAGGAGAGAAGGGAGACCGAGGUGGCGAAAUAGGCGGCGCUGAGGAGGCGCUGCUCCGGCUGGUGAACGGCUCCGCGCCCCACGAGGGGCGGGUGGAGGUGUUCUACGACCGGCGCUGGGGCACGGUGUGCGACGACGGCUGGGACAAAAAGGACGGGGACGUGGCGUGCCGGAUGCUGGGGUUCCGCGGCGCCGAGGAGGUGUACAGGAUGGCCAGGUUCGGGCAAGGUACGGGGCGGAUCUGGAUGGACGAUGUGGCCUGCAAGGGAACGGAGGACAGCCUGCUCCAGUGCAGCUUCUCCAGCUGGGGGAAGACCAACUGCGGCCACGCCGAGGAUGCCGGAGUCAAAUGCCUCACGCCAUGAGCGCACGGGCGAGAGGCCAGAGCGUCCCCCGGAGAGGGGCCUGCGCCCAGAGAGAGGGGCACAGCGGGAACUGUUGCCGUG